AUGUCAGCUGGUAAAAUUAAAACAAUAUAUCAAUGGUCUUGGGUUGAUUAUUUAUGGGAGAGUAAUGAACAAAAAAUUCAAGCAAUUCAAUCUGGUGAUUAUAAUUAUACAAAACCAGUGAUACUUGAUGUUGACGUGUGGAAAGAUCAAAAGAUAUUUGUAACAGUGAUUAGAUCAAAAGGUGUGCCAGCAAGUCUUACCAUCAUAUCAAAUGAAAUUGGAAAUGGUGGACCACUUUUAAAACCAUAUCCAAAUUGGUCAUGGGCUGAAAAAAAUAAUUGUCUAGCAAUAACAAGUGUUUGGCGUGUAGCUAUAGAUGAGUGUGAUAGACUCUGGGUACUUGAUACUGGACGUGUUGAUGGAAAAAGAAUUUGUCCAGCUCAAUUGCUAGUUUUUAAUUUAAACAAUGACAGAUUAAUAGAAAGAAUUAUAAUUGAUGAUCAUAUAUCUGUUAAUGAAUUUACUGGUCUUGGAUUUUUGGUAACGCCAAUUGUAACAACAUCUGGAAACCAAUGCCAAGAGACUCGUGUUUAUAUUGCUGAUGUUGAUGGUCAUGCAUUAAUUGUUUAUGAUGGUUCAUCAAUGUGGCGACUUGAUUCAACAGUAUUUUUACCACAACAAAAAUACACAAAUAUAACAGUUGCUGAUCAAACGUUUUAUCUUAAUGAUGGAAUUUUGGGUAUGGCUGUUAGUCCAAUAAUUAAAAAUUAUCGUUAUCUUGUUUUUCGUCCACUUGCAUCACGUGAUAUGUUUUAUACUGAAAUAAAUAGUCUUGAUAAAUCUUACAAUGACCAUCCAGUUGGUUAUUCUGUUGUAACAAAUAUUUUACCAAGUCAAGCUGCAGCAAUGGCAUUUUCAAAAGAUGGAACAUUAUUUUUUGGUUUAACCAAAGAAAUAGCAAUUGCAUGUUGGAACAUUAAAAUGCCCUUGAAACGUAAAAACAUUGUAAUACUUGAUCAGGAUGAAUAUGCAUAUCAAUUUGCAAGUGGAGUCAAGAUUAUCCCAGAAAGAAUAACUGGUCGAAAAGAAGAGCUAUGGAUUGCGACUAAUAGAUAUCAAAAAAUAGCAACAAAUACACAAAAUUUUAAUGAAAUUAAUUUUCGAAUUUUAAGAGCUCAAGUGGAUGAUUUAAUUGUCAAUACAAAUUAUGGAGAAGAAGAAAAAUUAUCUCCAAAUCAAACUGAUUUUGAUUCAUAUUGGUUUUAUCCAUUUGAUUUUGAUGUUCCAAAAGAACAAAAAUACGCAUGUGUUAUAAAUAUUAUCAGAAUGUCAUCGAAUAUAUUUCCGAAAAAAUUUUAUCCGAAUAUUCAUAAUGAUUAUGUGAUUGAUGACAGUAAUGAAUUUUUUAACGAACAAAAUGAUUCAAGUUUUAAUGAACCUUUAUAUGAUUACCAUGAUAAAUUUCUUAGAAAACACAGUUUUCAUACGCAGAUUAAUUUUAAUGGACACAAUGAAAUUCGCAUGACGAAUGUGGUGCCACUGUUGGUGUCUAUGACCCUGCUUGGUCUUCAAGAAUUUGCUGCUCAAUCUGACCCAGAUUCACUGAUUUCAAAAGAACUUGAACCGCCAAGACCUACAAAUGGUGAUUACAAAGCCUCAUCAAAUAGUUUUUUAACACCGGAAAUUUUAAAUUCAAUGAGAUCAAGUAGACUUGCGACAAAUUAUCAAUCAACAAGUGGAUAUGAUAAUGACAUAGAUCAAGAUAUAAUUAACUCGCCAAAUCCAACAUUUGAGACAAUAAAUAAUAUUUUACCAACAGAAGAAAAACCUGGACCAGCUAUGGAAAUUGUUCAUUCAUGGAAAGUAUUAGAUUUUGAGUUUGAAAGUAAAUCAGCAAGGAAACAUGCAAUUGCUGAAGGAAUUUAUAUACCAGAAAAUAAUUCACCAUUGGGUAUUGAAUAUUGGCAUGAACGUAUAUUUAUAACAUUACCAAAAUGGAGAACAGGUGUACCAGCAACAUUAACAACAGUACCACGUUAUACAUCAACUAAAUCACCAAAAUUACGACCAUAUCCAUCAUGGGGUUGGCAUCAUCAAGAUUCAUGUGGAGGAAUGACAUCAGUAUUUAGAAUUCAAGUUGAUGAAUGUGAUAGAUUAUGGGUACUUGAUUCAGGAACAAUAAAUUUAACAGAAACACCAAAACAAAUAUGUCCACCAGCAAUAUUUAUAUUUGAUUUACGUACUGAUCGUUUAAUAAGACGUUAUCAAAUACCAGAAGACCAAGUUAAACAAGAUUCAUUAUGGUCAAAUAUUGUUAUUGACAUACGUAAUAAUGAUUGCAAUAAUGCAAAAGCAUAUUUAUCAGAUGUGUGGCGUUAUGCAAUGAUAGUAUAUGAUUAUUCAAAUGAUACAUCAUUUCGUUUUCAACAUCAUUUUUUUUUACCUGAUCCAUUAUCAUCACGUUAUGAGUUACAUGGCUUACAAUUUCAAUGGAUGGAUGGUGUACUUGGUUUAUCAUUAAGUCCACUUGAUAUUAAUGAUGAUAAAACAUUAUUUUUUCAUUCAAUGUCAAGUUUUCGUGAAUUUGCUGUAUCAACAAUGACAUUAAUUGAUAAAAAUACUGCUGAAACAAAUCCAGAAAAUUUUGUACCAGUUGGUAAACCAAGAGCAAAAGAUUAUGGACAUUCAUCUGGUUCUGGUAUUGAUAAAAAUGGUGUUAUGUUUUUUAAUAUGGUUACACGUGAUUCAAUAUGGUGUUGGGAUACUAGAAAAGAAUAUAUACCACAAAAUUUUGGUGUUGUUGGUGUUAAUAAUGAAACAUUAAUAUUUCCAAAUGAUUUAAGAAUUGAUAAUGAAGAUAAACAAAGUUUUUGGAUAAUAUCAAAUAAAUUACCAAUGUAUAUUUAUGGACCAUGGGAUACAAAUGUUAUUAAUUUUCGUAUUUAUAGAGGAUAUGUACAAGAUGCUGUUAAAAAUACUGUUUGUGAUCCAAAUUAUGUUGUUCCAUUGUCCAAUAAUAAUAAUGGAUUUGAUGAAACUUGUUAAACAAAAAAACAAUCA